AUCUUUGGAUCAUAAACAAUCCUGGUCUUUAUUCACUGAUGUGUGAGGUCGGGAUGUGGGUCACAGCCCACCUUUCUGGAGGUAUUAGGAAGGACCUUGUGACCCACAGAAACCUCAUUGAAUUAAAUCUUGGAUGGUUGAGGAGCUUUCAUAUAGCUGUGAGGGCUCUGGGCGGCACAUUUACUUGUUGGGCAUCCUUACAGGGUGCACUCAGGACUUUUUCAUACUAACAUGGCAAGGAAUCAACUACUGUCAUGAUAUAUAUAUAUAUGGCAUUGAUUGUUUUUUCUAGCAGCAGAUGUAAUUGUAUUAGAAUUGUUGUUGUGUGUUAAUUGAAGUGACUGGGUCGUAGGGCUGUGUCAGGACUGUUAGUGAGGAAAUGCAUAGGUUUGUAGGUUGGGGUCUAGGCCAUGGUUUCAUGACCCCCAGUGUGAAAGCAGGGUAUGACUGUAUUCCAUGGAGUCACUUGUGUAGGUGUUGUGAAUAAGAUCUGACUGUGAAUGAGUUAAUAAGCUCCCUUCCCAACAGUCUAGGAGAUUUUGUUGCUUCAAGGGAUGCUUGGCAGGAUGUCGAAGAUUUUUUUUUCUUUAACUUCAACAGGAUGAAAAAAAAAAAAAAAGACGUCAGAGAGGGGGGAUAUGUUGUUUUGAAAGUUGUUUGUGAUCUGGAAGCUGGUGGGAAAGUUCAGGCUUCCCCAUUCGGAAGAGUCAGGCACAGUUCCGCUCCUUGCCAUUUUUAGCUUCAUUCAGACGUCGACAACAGCUCCUUCCUCUUCCUUUCCUUGUUUGUGACACUUUCUAAGGCAGCACUUCCAAGGGGACGCAAUCAUGUAAUAGUCAUUAGCAGGGCACGCUGACACAGAGCGCAGAACAUGCAAGACAGUGCACUGCCGGUCACUGACAACUCCUCUGCUUAGGCUGCCACACAACACAGAAGUAUUCCAAGUAUUGAAUCUCCCCGACCAGAGGGGACAUAGCAGACCAUGAAAAUGGACAUGGAAGGAGUGGAUAUGACGCUUUGGCCAGAGGCAGAGUUUGAGGCAAAGUGUACAUACAUUGUGAAGGAUCACCCCUGGGAUAGCAGCUCAGACGGAGGGAACAUCGUUCAUGCACAGGCGUCACUGCCUAGGAACUUAAUUUUUAAAUAUGCCCCUGGCAGCAAAGAGGUGAUUGGUGUUCUAAGUAAAGAGUAUAUUCCUAAAGGGACUCGAUUUGGACCAUUAGUCGGAGAGAACUACACCACAGACACCGUUCCUAAGAAUUCAAAUAGGAAAUAUUUUUGGCGGAUAUAUUCAAGUGGAGAAUUUAACCACUAUAUUGAUGGAUAUAAUGAAGAGAAGAGCAACUGGAUGCGCUUUGUAAACCCAGCACAUUCCAUUCAAGAACAGAAUUUAGCAGCCUGCCAAAAUGGCAUGAAUAUCUAUUUCUAUACCAUCAAGGCCAUCCCAGCCAACCAGGAACUGCUUGUGUGGUACUGCCGCGAAUUUGCAGAUAGACUUCACUAUCCUUCAUCUGGGGACCUGGUGAUGAAUCUCAAGCAAAGUGUAAUAAUCGGAGCACAGCGUAAAAAGGAGCACAGCGUAAAAGAAAUCUUAAGGGACACAAAUCCAUCUACACCAAAGGACAUUGUACUGACUAGUGUCUCCCCAGAGAAAGAAACUGCAGACCCCCUGAAAAUUUCGAGUCCUGAAAGAUCUUUUAUGCCAAGAAUUGUUUAUCCAUUCCGCUCCCACAAUUAUGAGGACUAUUUGAAGGCCCCUGUGGGGUGUGGACUAGACAGACCAAACUAUGUCAUGCAUUCACCAGUUCAGCCAUCCUCUCCACCAAGUCCUUCAGGAAGAAGCAGCCCCGACCAAAGCUUUAAAAGCUCAUCUCCUCAUGGUAGCCCUGGAUCUGCAGUGUCACCACAUCAUCCAUCCCAGGAUCACAGAGAAUUAUAUCCCUUCCUUAACAGACCAUACAGCACUGAAGGACUAGCAUCAUUCCCUAGCUAUGCACCCCCAACCAGUCAUCUGCCACCACCUUUUAUAUCUUCCUACCACUCUUCCUAUCCCAAGUUCUUGUUACCACCUUAUAGCAUUGGCUGCAAUGGUCUUAACACACUGAACAGUAUUAAUGCCAUGAACAAUUUCAAUAUUCUACCAAGAAUGUACCCAUUUUAUGGCAGUAUGCUUGGAGGUGGAAGCCUUUCACAUCACAUGCUAAACCCUGCAGCCCUUCCAGGUUCUUUGCCCCAUGAAGGGGGCCGCAGACUGCUUCAACCUGACCAACCCCGGGACUUUCUCAUUCCUGCACCCAAUAGUGCCUUUUCUAUCACAGGGGCUGCCGCUAGCCUGAAAGACAAGCAAAUCAGCCCAACAAGUGGCUCUCCCACUGCUGGCACUGCGGCAAGUUCUGAGCAUGUCAUGCAACCUAAACCUACCUCAGCAUUGAUGACCACAAACAGUGAUGAGGCCAUCAACCUGAUCAAGAGCAAAAGAAAUACGACUGGCUACAAAACUCUUCCAUACCCACUUAAAAAGCAGAAUGGAAAAAUCAAAUAUGAGUGUAACAUUUGCUCAAAGACAUUUGGUCAGCUCUCAAACCUGAAGGUGCAUCUCCGGGUUCACAGUGGUGAGCGACCAUUCAAAUGUCAGACCUGCAACAAGGGAUUCACUCAGCUGGCACAUCUACAGAAGCACUUUUUAGUACACACGGGGGAGAAGCCUCAUGAAUGUCAGGUAUGUCACAAACGGUUCAGCAGCACAAGCAAUCUAAAGACUCAUCUCCGACUACACUCUGGAGAAAAGCCCUACCAGUGCAAGCUGUGCCCUGCAAAGUUCACCCAGUUUGUUCAUCUCAAACUGCACAAGCGGCUUCACACAAGAGAACGACCCCACAAAUGUGUUCACUGCCACAAAAGUUACAUCCACUAUUGCAGCCUCAAUGUUCACAUGAAGGGAAACUGUCCUGUGUCCCCAAGACCAGGCCUUACCAGGGAGGACCUCACUGUCAUCAAUGAGGAGAUUGAGAAGUUUGACAUCAGUGACAGUGCAGACAGACUUGAGGACAGUGACAUGUCACCCGCUGUGGAGAAAGAAAUAAUGGCCCUUCUCCGACGGGAAAUUGAAGAUGCAAGUAUGAAAGUACCUCUUCCCAGGGGGCUUGGUAAUGGACUCCUUUCUUCUGGGUGCAACUUUUACGAACAGUCAGACUCUGUAAUUAUGAAGCUGACACACAGCUCCCCGCUACCUCUGUUACCUGUUAAGGUCAAACAAGAAUCUAUUGAACAAAUGGACUCCUAACAGACUGUGUAGGAAUAAGUGUUAUUUAUGGGACAUUGGGGUGUCCUCAGCAGGUUCAUGUACAUAUUUAAAAUGCUGCAACUGAAUUUUGACUUGUCAUUGAUGAGAAUUCUCCCAAAAGACCCACCCCCCUAACUCCAAGAAGGAACUCCGAGAUAAUGUUUUCUCAGGGCAGGGAUAGAGACAGAGAUAUGGCUAUUGCCAGUCACUUAAUAUUAUUAUUGUUAUUAUUAUUAUUAUUAAGACAAUCAUUUAUCUGUAAUUAUUUGUCAUUGAAAAGUACGUCAUAAUUUAUUAUGCAAUUUAUCCUUUCAAAAGCAAUAAUUUGUUUACAAUGACAGGAAAAAAAUCAUUGUAAUUUGAACAUAUAGAUCUAUAAUUGUGUACAUAUUUUAAUGUGGCCAUUGAUGUAGAUAAUUUUUUUAUUUUUAUUAUUAUUAUUUAAAAAAGUGUGAACCUUGAUAAACCUCUAGGAUCUCCAUACCAAUGAACAAUAUUUUGUUGCCAAAGUUGGACAUUUAGAUUUGUGAAUUGUAUGUUUUAUUUGCUUGGUAGUACACGGUAGAGACUCUUAUUUCUGUUUAAUUAUUGCUCCGAUGAAGGGCACAUUGUGUACAGAAUUUCUGCUACUGAGAGCAUUAGCAAAGUGUGAGUGAAAUGUAGCUGUACACUUCUUGCCAUUCUCUGUAGCCAGCAAUUUCUAUUUCUUCCCUACUCCAAGUGUUUACUUUUUUAUUGAGACUCUACACUGUUCUUACAGUCAAACUGGCAUCUGGAUGCAAAUAUCUUCACAUUUAUUUAUAUGAUGGUAUAUUCAAGGCAUCUUCAGGAAAACAUAAAUGUUCCUUUUUUUUUUUUAUCUCCAGGAUUGGCUAUGUUCUAAUGGUCCUGUUAGUGGUAGACACGGGUAAUUUUCUCUGUUACUGGCGCCCAUCUCAUUUAUUUUUCUAUGAGUCAUUUCCUUCAGUAUUUUGUGUCUUUGUACAUUUAUUUGUUGUGGUUAAUUUAAAUGAAAAGGGCAUUGAAAAGUUGUUCGACAAUUUACCUCAUUGCUUGUGUCCAGUGGUUCAGAGGGAGUUGGUUUAACCAAAGCUUUGUGACUUCAAAUAAGUAAACCAAAUAUAGACAGUUUAAAACUGCACAGAUUCCUUUUUUUAUGCUGUUGCUUUGCUCUCUGACUCCAAAGAUUAAUGCAUUGGCAGGGCUGGACACUUGGGAACGUACAAUGACCCAUAAAGACAAUUCUAUUGCUAUGCCUUGCAGAUAUGUCAUCUGAACAAAUACCCUUCCUGAUAUUGGGAGACGCAUGUCCAGUUUGGACAAUGACUCCAGGGCUCCCUCUGCUGGCGGCAUCAUUUCAUGUUACAACCAAAUUUGUGCAGAUUCCCAAGGAUAGCCAGCCUUGUCCGUUAGCAUCCAAAUUUUGGCAAAGCAGCUCUGUGAAUAGCGUAAACCUAAGAUAUGCACAAAUCAGUAGCACUGAUUUUCUAAACCACUUUUGGCAUUGUGCACUCUACAAAAAGGAUUGCAUCCUAAAGCCGUCCACGCAGUCAAUGCCAAAACAUCCUGAAAAGGUACCAGAAAAGACAGCUUUAAAGUGGAUCCCUGCUUGUUCCUUUUAACAGGCAAGUCGUGAUCUAAACUAAUGUAGCAAGAAGUUAGUAUUAAUGUAAUAUAUAUAUAUACCAAAGUAUCACUACUGUCUCUGGACACAUGCUACCCUUACUUAUUGCCAGUAGUGCUUUUCUAUACUGCUUCGAAGGCUUUUAAGGUAUCGCUUUCUCUUUUUAAUUAUUUUUUUUCCAAAAUACAUUGUUUUCUUAGGAGUUUAUUAAACGUGAAUGUAGCAAACAGUGGUUUCUUUCUCUUUUGUUUUUUUCUAAAGAAAAUUUGACCAAAGUUGAACUGGCUUUUUACUGUUUAGAACAACAAAUUUCUUAUGUUUACAUAUCGGUUUACAUUGUUAUUUAUGUGCAAAUUGUCAAAAGAUGUAAAUUAAAUCUAAUUGUGCAUUUCUUUAUA